UUUUGAUUUUGUUACUGACUUAACUUUGAUAGCUACAGAAAGAGCAUGCAAAACUUAAGGGUGGCAAAAAGCUGGUUGAUGUUUGCACAUGAGACAUGUUGUAAUGUAGUGAAGACUGUUUGAGAUCAGCCUUGUGGUGACUUGCGUGGCUGCACAUAGCUAGAGGGAAAUACACUGUUUAGCAAGAGUUUAUAUGAAACAGAUGGAUCCUUAUCUAUUGUAGAUGGGAACCCUUAAUAGCAGGUGAAGGCAUAAACUGAGUGGGUCACUGAGCCUUUAAUAAUGAGCAGAGCCUAUACUCAAGCCUCCUAUGCCCUUUGUUAGGGCAGGUACCUUGACAGAAAUACAGCCAGAUUUUAGUACUCAUGGGAGCUACUAUUUAUAUGUCUAUGUAUGUAUGAUGAAAACAUUCAAAACUAGGAAAACUUCAAAAAUCAGGCAUAAUUUUAUAUUUGAUUUUGCUAAUGGAGAGUUUUAUGAUGCUCUAUGCAAGGAGAAGAAAUGGUUUAGCCCAAAAAAAUGAAUACAGGGAAGGGUGAAAGCUCGUUACCACAGCUGCUCUUCUGAAAUACUAUUGAUACACAAUGUUGCCAGCUCUGUUUUCCAUCAACAGAAACCACUUGAAUGCCCUCAAAAUGAAUUCAUCUCUUUUAUUCUUUAAAAUCAAAUUUUCAGUUCUAUUUUUCUGGCAUACCUCUAAUGUCAGUGAUAUUAUUUUGUAUAAUCUUAUUGCCUGAAGCUAACUAGAGAAGAUAGAGUUUUGGGUAUGUUGGAUCUUAUAGAGUCUCAUAGGUAGCUCAGUAAUUUGUUGGACCUACAGAAAAGAAAAAAAACCAACUGCCUGUGUCCUGAAAAGAAGUUUGAGCCAAACAAUUUUUCCUGGAAAUGGCAGAAGGUAGUCUGUGUAACAAAUGAAACAGGAGGCCUGCAGGGCACCCUUCAGACUGAGUUUGAAAAAUGAAAAUCCUAGACCUGGCAGGGGUAAAAGAGGCUCAGACAAUUCACCUGAGGUAAUUGCAGAAUGUCUGGAAAUGAUGAAAUGCAAACCAUCAUCAUCUACUUUUCUUGUUUUGGGAACAGUGGGCCACCCUGCAGAUUGAGGAGGGAGUAAAAAAGCAGAAGGCGAUGGCACUUGAAAAUUUAAUCUCCACUGGCAUCAUCCAGAGAGAUGAGACUCCCAUGGAAAAGGAGGUUGUGGGCCGAUGCCGAGGAUGUUUCAGCCUUGCUGAUGUCAUGUACUUCUCCAAGAAGGGCUGUGAGGCAGUUGCGGAGGAUGAAGUCACUCGACGGUUCUCCUCUGAGGAGCUGCUGUCCUGGAAUCUCCUCAGCAGAACCAAUGCCAACCUGCAUCAUGUCAGCUGGAAACUGGCUGCUGUGUGGGUCACCGGCAUCCUAAUUCGGUAUUGCCUCCUGCUGCCUUUCCGCAUCUGCUUGUCUGUUUUCAGCGUCCUGUUGCUGGUAUUGGCCACUACUGUAGUGGGACAGUUUCCAAAUGGCAGAGUUAAAGGCUGGCUGAGCAACCAGGUCCAGAUGAUAUGUGCCACCUUAGGUGUCCGAUGUCUGAGUGGCCUUGUUCAUUUCCAUAACAGGGAAAACAAACCACAGAAAGGAGGCAUCUGUGUAGCCAACCACACAUCUCCAUUGGAUGUCCUAAUCCUGGCCAGUGAUGGAUGCUAUUCCUUGGUUGGCCAGGUACAUGGAGGGCUUAUGGGACUUAUUCAAAAAUCCUGCAUGAGAACCUCUCAGCAUGUCUUGUUUGAACGCUCGGAAAUGAAAGACCGUCACCUGGUGAGGAAAAAACUUAGAGAACACAUUGCAGAUAAGGCCAAGUUACCCAUUUUAAUUUUCCCAGAAGGCACCUGCAUUAACAACACAUCUGUAAUGAUGUUUAAGAAGGGAAGCUUUGAGGUAGGAGGGACCAUCCAUCCAGUAGCAAUCAAGUAUGACCCCCGCUUUGGAGAUGCCUUCUGGAACAGCACAAAGCAUUCCAUUAUGACCUAUGGUUUUAAUGUGUUAACCAGCUGGGCUAUUGUCUGCAAUGUGUGGUACCUGCCACCGAUGGUCAAAGAGGAAGAAGAAGAUGCUGUUCACUUUGCUGACAGAGUCAAGGCUGUCAUUGCUGCUCGGGCAGGAAUGUCUGUGCUUCCUUGGGAUGGAGGACUGAAAAGGAAAAAGGUCAAAGAAUCUUUCAAGGAAGAGCAACAGAAAAAAUAUUGCCGGAUAGUAAUAGAAAAUGGAUCUGUGGGAAACGGAAAUGUUUGUUAAAUGCUAUUUAUUUUAUCUCAUUUUUCCAUGACUUAUUUCUACCAGAAAAUAGACGGGCUUUUUAUUAAGCCCAACAUGUUUUCCUUCUGUUCCCAUAAGAUAUUUUGCAUGUGACACAGCAGGGAGACAAUGAAGAAAUAUCCUUAUUUAAAGCAAAGUACUAUAAUUUUAUAAAUAGGAAAACAUAAAAUAUGCUAAUAAAGUUCUCCCUGAUGCUGAGAAGAAUCUACAGUAAAAUUAAUUGUGUUCAUGAAAGUAUGACUUUAAAAUAUUUGCAAUACCUUGAGGACUUAAAUGGUUACUUAUAAUAAAUCACCCCUGUACUGCUAGACUCUCUCAGCGACUUAGCCUAGCAAUGCUCCUGUGAGCCACAGUAACCAUGUUGCUCUAGAGAUAGAUCUCCUGAUGUCAAAAGACAUGAAGCAUUUCACCAAAAUAUGUUUUCUGAAUUGCAUGUUGGAGAAGAAGUGUUUUAUGUCAGAGGGAAAAAGCAGAUGCUGACUUUCUCCUCCAUGUCACAAAACCAGGGAUGGCAUUGUAGAAUAUUUUCUGCUAUGACAAAGAGCAGAACAGUGUCCAGGGCAUCAUGUCCCUGAUGUCUGGGUGUGUGAAGCUGAGGUAAAUUAAUCACAGCCAAGGACAGUGUAAUAGAAAAUAUCCUGUGUUUUAAAAUCAUAUCUUGUGGUUUUGUUAGAUCCCUUUUUGAGUCUGUUUGUGUGCAUUACACAAAUUAAAGAAAGCCUAUGAUGUGAAAUCCACUGUCCUCUGCCGCUGUUAUUUCUAGAUAGCUACCUGCUUGUGUUACCACUGGGUGUGAAGGCUGGGGAUUUGGC